AUGUCUACAAGUCCACAAACCAAAAAACCUCGCUUUCGUUUCCGUGAUAUUGCUUUGCAAGUGCAAAAUAAACUCCAAAAAGAGCGUGAAUCCAGUGCGCAUCAAACAUUGAGAGGCUAUCCAGGUAACAAAAACAGGGCGACCAAGGCACAAGAAGAAGGCACCAUUCACGGUAUCGAACAUCCUGGAUCCACCGGCGUCAUUUAUGUCAUGGACCGCGCCAUAAAGAAUGGUUUUACUUAUGCAAGCGAGGGUUGGGCUAACUUUGGUCAAGGAGCGCCAGAAGUUGGACCUAUUGAUGGAUGUUUCGAGAGACCCAAGCACAUCGAUAUCCCCCAAGACGCUUACGAGUAUGCGCCUACCAGUGGUAUUACUGAAUUAAGACACGCUGUGGCUAAUCUCUACAACGAGAUUUAUCGCCAAGGAAAGGAUUCCAAAUACACGCAUGAAAACGUCUGCAUUGUACCUGGUGGUCGUGCUGGUUUGACCCGUGUGGCAGCUGCUAUUGGCGAUGUCAACGUGGGCUACUUUUUACCUGAAUACACAGCGUAUGAGCAAAUGCUCUCUGUGUUCAAGCGCUUUGUGCCCAUUCCAACCACGCUGGAGGAAGAUGCACGCUACCACAUUGACCCUGACACCAUUCGCAAGGAGAUUGCAGGCAGAGGCCUUGGUGUGAUUGUGGCUUCCAAUCCUCGCAAUCCUACAGGACAAGUGAUUCAAGACGAAGAGUUGGAAGAACUGGUGGAGGUAGCCAAGGAAAGACACACAACAUUGGUGUUGGACGAGUUCUACUCUUGUUACAUCUAUGACCAAGAGCCUGGAAAGACGGUUAGCGUUGCUCAGUUUGUGGACGAUGUGAACGAAGAUCCCGUCAUCUUGAUUGAUGGCCUUACCAAGAACUUUCGUAUGCCUGGAUGGCGUGUUUGCUGGAUUGUGGGUCCCAAGCCUGUGAUUUCAUCCAUGGAGAGCGCUGGAUCCUUCCUGGAAGGUGGUGCCAACCAUCCUCUUCAGCUGGCAGCUAUCCCCUUUUUGGACCCCAAGAAGUUUAAAAACGAAGCCAAGGCGCUUCAACACCAUUUCAAAGAAAAGCGCGACUUUGUGCUCAACAGACUCAAGGAGAUGGGUUUCGAGGUCAAGGUGCCUCCCAAUGCCACUUUCUACAUUUGGCUUGAUCUCUCUCAUUUGCCUGAGCCCAUCAACAUUGGACUGAACUUCUUUGAAGAGUGUCUCAAAGAGAAGGUGAUUGUUGUCCCUGGCAUCUUUUUUGAUGUGAAUCCUUCUCAUCGUCGUGAAUUGUUUGAAUCGCCUUGUCAUCACUUUGUCAGAUUGAGCUUUGGUCCACCCUUAGACCAGCUCAAGUUGGGAUUGGAUAAUAUUGAACGCGUUAUCAAGAACUUUACUCAAUAA